CAAUAUUCAGAUCCAUGUCACUGCAUUUCGUCGGUAUGACAGGUUUCCUAACCUGAAUAGUCAACUUUAAUGAUUAAUAUCUCGAUUCGCGGGGCAAAACGACAUUUUUUUUAAUCAGAUUCUUUCAUUUUGUGCAAAAACGCGUCAAAUAAACCCAAUUUCAUGAAAGUUGAAUGGAGUUAAACUAAACAAUUAUCAUGUCUCAUUAGUCAGUUAUUAAUUUUAAUCUAAUCAUUAAUUAGUCAGUGAUUAGUUAAACAAAAGGUGGUACCUUUUUUUCUUUUAUAAACGUGCAACUAUAAUGCCGCGAAAGGUACGUGUUAUGUUUGCAACCGCGAUUGCACUAGGACUGUUUGUUGUAAUAUUUCAAUUAUGCUUAAUACUCAGCGACCGCAAGAAAAUGUUUUCCUCAGAUGAUAACGAUACACCUGUCAUAUUGUGGUGGACGCCAUUCGGUAAUAACAAUCGAGUAAGAACCUGUGGAAAUGUUAAAUGCUACUUCACACACAACAGAACGUUUGAAGACAACGUACGCCUGAAAAGUAUUCUGUUUUAUGGAAGUAAUUUCCGCGUCCGUGAUUUGCCCAGUAGAAGGAGAGGUGCCAUAUCAUGGGGUUUACUUCAUGAGGAAUCUCCUAGAAAUAAUCCUAUACUUGUUCACGAUGAGGCGCUCAAUCUUUUUAAUUAUUCUUCGACAUUUAGCAGAUUUAGUAAUGUACCACUUACUCUUCUUGAUCUACCUGGUCUAGAAGAAUUAGUAGAUAUAAAGAUGAAGUACUUGUGUACAGCAAAGUCGUAUUACGUGCCUACCAAAGAAAAGUCUGUGUUAAUACAUGUGGAAAAUUUAGCACCAGUAUUAUAUAUUCAGUCUGACUGUGAUACCGCUAGUGACAGGGAUCGCUACGUCUUAGAGUUAAUAAAACAUAUUCAAGUCGAUUCCUAUGGCACAUGUGUAAAUAACGCUCGGCUCAACGACAGGUUGAAGAACAAUUAUCUCGACAUUUUGAGCGAUCGUGAAUUCUUAUCUUUCGUGGCUAGAUACAAAUUUACUAUAGCCUUCGAAAAUGCUAUUUGCGAUGAUUAUAUCACAGAAAAAUUGUGGCGACCGCUUAUCGUUGGUUCUGUACCGAUUUAUUACGGAUCACCAUCCUUCAAGGAUUGGCUCCCAAAUAACAAAUCUGCUAUCUCAAUAUUAGACUUUGCCGGUCCAAUAGAACUCGCCAACUUUUUACAUAGCCUUUUAAGAAAUGAUUCUGCAUAUGAAGAAUACUUGUCUCACAAAUUAAACGAGCACAUUACGAACAGUGAGUUGCUACACGCGCUCAAGAAAAGAGCGACAAAAACGAAUGAAUUUGGGAAUUAUAUGGAAAAAUUCGAAUGCUUUGUUUGUGAACAAAUACAGAAAAACAAUCGGGAAUUAAAAGAAAUAAAUAUAGUAACGAAAAAACAGUACAAUUGUUCUCUACCGAGAGAUCCAGUAACGGGCGAAAUCAAUAAACGCAAUUGGUGGACACAACAGUGGAAUAUUGAAAAAUGUGGAGCUAAACUAUUAACUCGUUACAUAACUAACAAUAUCAGCAUUAAUAUAAAUUAUUUCAAUGAACAGAAGAUGAAUAUGUAUGACAAAAAUGAAUGCUAAGAUAAAACGAGAAAUAUUUUGACCAAGUUUUGAUAAUAUAAAUAUUUGAAUGAACUAAAUGUGUGUAUGGGGAGUAAUACUUCCAAAUCUGUAUGUUACAAGAAUUUUCUGUUUUAGUAUUAUAGAAAAAUUUUUUAUAUGUUUAUUCUGUAUAAAAUUGUGACAGAAAUUGUGGUAGAAAUUAUCAAAUGCAUUUUACAAAAUGUAUAAGUUUGCAUGAUAGAAAAAGAUAAUGAUUUAUGCGUACAAUAUUUUUACAUAUGCGCAGUAUUUUUAAAGACAGUAUUAAAGUCUUAUUUAAAAUUGUUGUAAUCUCUACUGUGACUAUCUAUAUAUAGUAGUGAUUACAUUUUGUCUCACCCUAUGCCAUUUAUGCAUAGAAAUGAAAUUUUUAUUCAACUGGAACAGAUUUUGCUAAACAAAAGAUGACUAUGUAUGACAAUAAUGAAUGUCACUAAAGUACAGAUAAAACGAGAAAUAUUUUGAACAAUCUUAAUAAUAUAAUACUCAUAUGAACUAAACUAGGAGUAUAAAUACUUGUAAAUUUAAAAGUAUAUUCCAAGCACUUUCUAUUUCAGUAUUAUAUAAAUAUGAUGAUCAUAGUGGAGAUUUUUAAGUGUUCAGAUUUUUAAUUAAUCACUACCUCUCGCGAAAAAUAAACUACCAAGAAUAUCUUAGUCAAGAGAGUUACUAUAAAGCAUACAUGAGCUUGCAAGUGAAGACCAAGAUCUUUAAUUAUGAAGGGUCGAUUUGAGAAGGAGACUAUAAAAAUAUUUUUACACGUUUAUUCUAUAUAAAAUGUGUGAUAGUAAUUAUCAAAUGUAUUUUACAAAGUGUACAAGUCUGCGAUAAAAAAAAGAUAACGAUUUAUAUGUAUAUAUGUACAAUAUUUUUAAAUUUUAAAUAUUAAAAUCUUAUUUAACUGUGAAAA